ACAUGCCACAUCUAAGCAAGGCCAGCCCUGUCCCAGUCAUAGUGGCCUCUCUUGCCAUUGCACUGACAAUGGUGCUACUACUGUCCUAUCUGUGCUUCCGGUGCUGCCCCACCGGACAUAACAACAAGCCCAAGAAAUCUGAAGAACCUAACACAGAUCUCGAAGCCCGGAGCAGCCCCUAUUCGGAAGUGUCUGUGGAACAGUCAGCAGCAGCUGACACCGAGGUUACCGGCACCUCGAAAGAGUCCUCACCUGUGUAUACCUGA